AUGGCCGGCACCCGGUACAUGGAGUGGGCCUCACCGCUGAUUACCAGUUUCCUCGGUCCCUCAGUCAAGGAGAUUCUCUUUGUGCCCUUUGCCGGCGUGACCAUCACCUGGGACGAGUACAGCAAGAAGGUCCAGGAGGCUCUGCCCAGCUACACCGUGAAGCCCAUUCACCAGACCGGGGAUGGUGGCCGGGCUGCAAUGGUCGAGGCGGUGAAGAAGGCCGAGGCCAUCAUGAUCGGCGGUGGCAACACCUUCCACCUGCUCUACAAGCUGUACGAGUUCCAGCUGCUCGACGCCAUUCGUGAUCGCGUCCUGGGCGCCAGUAAGACUCCCUACAUCGGCUGGUCGGCAGGCUCAAACGUGGCCGGACCUGAUAUCGGAACUACAAACGACAUGCCCAUUAUCUGGCCGGAGAGCGACCGAGCACUGAACCUAGUGCCGUACAAUCUGAACCCUCACUUCAACGAGUGGAAGCCGCCCAACUACCAGGGCGAAGUUCGCGGUGACCGCCUCAACGAGUGCGUCCUCCUCAAGAAGAGACCCAUCGUCGCUCUGGCCGAAGGUGUGGCCAUCAAGGUGGAAGAGGGCAAGCACCAGCUGCUGGCGCCGCCACUCUCCAGCGACCCUAAUGCCGAAGAACGGACCGUCAAAGUGUGGACGCACGAGAAUGGCCAAACGCAGAUCACCCAGCUCAGCCUGCAGGACGAGCUGACGGAGAAGAUAAGCUCAAUUGCCAAGUAA